AUGGUGAUUCUGCCCUCUUCGUUUGUGAACAGGCCCCGAUACUUACACGAGUAUACUCAAGACGCAUUUGCCUAUGUGCGUACGUAUGGUCGACCUGAUUUAUUUGUAACCUUUACCUGCAAUCCAUCUUGGUCUGAAAUAGUUGACGAAUUAAUGCCAGGUCAAAGCGCCAACGAUAUGCACGAUGUCAUUGCCAGAGUGUUUAGGUUAAAAGUUAAAAAGCUUAUGACUGUAAUAACUAAAGAAAAGGUUCUUGGAGAAGUGCAAUGCUUUAUGUAUUCCAUUGAGUGGCAGAAGCGAGGACUCCCACAUGCCCACAUUUUGCUUUGGUUAAAAGAUAAAUUGCGACCUGACCAAAUCGAUAAAAUUAUAAGCGCUGAAAUACCAGAUCCUAACAAUGACAAGGCACUUCAUGAUAUUGUUAUGAAAAACAUGAUCCAUGGUCCAUGUGGGGCUGAAAACCCUCAGUGUCCGUGCAUGAAAGACCGUAAAUGCACAAAAAAAUUUCCUCGCAACCUACUGAAAGAGACUCUCCAUAAUGAGAACGGCUACCCGAUGUAUCGUAGAAGAGCACCAGAAGACGGAGGCCGGACGGCAUCUGUUAAACUCCGAAAUGAGGCUUGCGGUUCCGUACGUGCAAUCGAAUACAUCUGCAAAUAUAUUAAUAAAGGCAGCGAUCAAGCUAUUUUUAAUUUCAAAAGCUCAGAGUCCUCAAACCCAGUGGACGAAGUACAAACGUUUCAGUUUAGUUGCUAUGUCAGCAGCAACGAAGCUGUAUGGUGCCUGUUAGGGUUUCCUUUGCAUAAAAGGCAUCCUACUGUUACGCACCUCAGUGUGCAUCUAGAGAAUGGUGAACGAAUUUAUUUUAAUAAAAAUAAUUUUCACCAGCGAGUGACAACACCACCAAAAACCACUUUGACCGCCUUUUUUGACCUUUGCAGAUCAGAUGAAUUUGCAAAAACACUUUUGUACGUUCAGGUACCUCGGUAUUACACGUGGGAUGAAGGUAGAAAAUGUUGGAAACGCCGAAUUCAAGGAACUGCUGUUCUGGAUUGGCCUGGCGUUAAAUCUGGAGAUGCAUUAGGACGGGUCUAUACUGUCCACGUUAGCAACAUUGAAUGCUUUUGUUUGAGACUACUGCUACACCACGUGCGUGGGCCAACUUCGUUCAAUGAUCUCAAGAACUACAAUAGUCAAACGUUUGUUACCUUCCGAGAAGCCUGUGAAACUAGAGGAUUGUUAGAGAAUGAUAAUCAUUGGGACUCGACAUUAGAAGAGGCUGCACAAUGUAGAUCAGCAGCUAAGGUGAGAGAUCUUUUUGCCAUUCUCAUAGCGACGUGUGGUCUUCCAAAUCCUCAGAUAUUUUGGGAAAAGUACCAAAAUGAUAUGUCUGACGAUAUUUUGCACAGACUACAACAAAAUAAUCCCAAUGUCACAUAUAAUGAUUUAGUAUAUAACGAGGCGCUAACUAAGAUUGAAGACCAAGUGAUGGCUAUACCUGGGAAGACAUUAUCAGAUUUUGGAAUGAACCGGCCACAAAGAAUCGGAGAAGUCAGUAGUGAUUUAAUAAGAGAACUGGACUACGAUGUCUUUUCUUUACAGCAACAAAUAUCAGAGUCAGUUCCUCGAUUAAACACGGAACAAAAAUUAGUCUUUGAUAUUGUUGUGCAAAGAAUCGAUAAUGGUGAGGGUGGAUUGUUUUUCUUAGAUGCGCUAGGAGGCACUGGAAAAACUUUUCUAUUAAAUUUACUUUUAGCCCGAAUUCGCCAAGACAAAGGAAUAGCUGUUGCUUUAGCUUCCUCUGGAAUUGCAGCGACGCUGCUCGAUGGAGGCCGCACGGCACAUUUAGUACUUAAACUCCCAUUAAAUUUACAUCAUGAGGAAAUUCCAGUUUGUAACAUCACAAAAAACAGCGAUCGUGGCCGAAUGCUACAGCAAUGCAAGCUGUUGCUGUGGGAUGAGUGCACAAUGUCGCAUAAAGAAGCGAUCGAGGCGCUCAAUCGGACUCUGAAAGAUAUCAGAAGUAACCCGAGUUUAAUGGGUGGGAUGGUAGUGCUACUUGCUGGUGAUUUUCGACAGACACUACCUGUCAUUACUAGAGGCACUCCAGCAGAUGAGAUAAAUGCAUGUUUGAAAGCGUCUACAUUAUGGGUGCAUGUAAAAAAAUUUUGUUUCACUAAAAACAUGCGAGUACAACUACAUAAUAAUACGCAAUCGGGGAAUAUGCAGCAGCUCUAUUUAAAAUCGGUGAAGGUCGAAUGA